AUAUUUAAACAAUUAGUUAGACACCUGCACAAACUACAAAACUCUCUAUAUAUACACACACAUAUAUAUAUAUAUAAUUGAAUCACAAACUACAAACUCUCUAUAUAUACAUAUAUAUAACUGAGUCAUAUCCGAAUUUUAUGAAAUGGCCCAAUCACAAUACCCCGAGAUCAACUACGAAGAACAAGACUUGGCUGUUCCUCCUCCAACACUUAUUUCUACAGCAGAAAGCUUCGAGAAGAAGGGCAAUUCAUGGUUUGUCAUAUCUCAGCUUCCAUCAGACUUAGCAGUGACAGUUGAUGAUGUUACAUUUUAUGUUCACAAGUAUCCACUGCUAGCAAGAUGUGGUUAUCUAGAACAGAACGCGUUACAGCCUUCGAUCUCAAACCACGGUUUCGAACUAAAACUGCAAAGCCUUCCAGGCGGAGCAGAAGCGUUCGAAACCGUGGUUAAGUUUUGCUACGGUCUUCCAGUAUCGUUAAGCCCAAGAAACGCCGCACCCUUAAGAUGUGCAGCCGAGUUUCUGGACAUGAGUGAAGAACUCGAAGAAGGAAACCUCAUAUCAAAAACGGAAUCAUUCCUCACUUUCGUAGUCUUUUCUUCAUGGAAAGACUCUAUUACGGUGUUAAAAUCGUGCCAAGGGCUCUCUCCAUGGGCCGAAAACCUCCAGAUAGUAAGAAGAUGUUGCGAUUCAAUCGCGUGGGCUUGUCAAGAGACCACGAGUGAACAAAGCCAAUGGUUAAACGACGUUGCCACGCUCCGGAUCGAUCAUUUUAAGCGGAUCAUGACAUCGAUGGCGCUAAAAGGGCUAAGACCUGAGUUUUUAGGCUCAUGCAUCAUGAUGUAUGCCGAAAAAUGGUUGCUAGCUCGAAACGAUGUGGAGAUUGAAGGCGCGAAACGACAUACGAAUAGAAGAAAGGAGCUGAAAUGGUGCAUUCAACAGGGAAGGAAAAGAGAGCAGGAGUUUGAGAAUGAAGAGCAAAGAAUGAUUUUAGAGAGUUUGGUGGGAAUAUUACCACAUGAAAAAGAGGCUAUUUCAUGCAAGUUUUUGUUGUGGAUGUUGAAAAUGGGUGUGGUGUAUUCUAUAUCACCAGCUUUGAUUUUUGAGCUUGAAAAAAGAGCUGGGAUGGUGUUGGAAAAUGCAAGUGUGUAUGAUCUUUUGAUACCUAAUGGAGAACAAGGAACACAAGUAAAGUCAAUGGUUGAUCAUACUAUGUACAAUGUCGAUUCGGUUCAAAGGAUCUUGGAAUAUUACUUGAUGAACGAAGAGCAGCAACAAACAGAAACUCAUGGGAAAGCAAACAUUAGUAAAUUAUUGGAUAGUUACCUUGCUGAAAUAGCAGGAGACCCAAACCUUUCGGCUACCAAGUUUCAAGCGAUUGCUGAAACAUUACCACAUGCCGCUCGUCCCUGUGAUGAUGGACUCUACAGAGCGAUCGAUAUAUAUCUAAAGGCGCAUCCUGCAUUGUCUGAACACGACAGAAGAAGAUUAUGUAGAGUCGUGGAUUGUCAAAAGCUUUCUGUUGAUGCAUGUGCACACGCAGCACAAAACGAUCGACUGCCUCUAAGAACCAUUAUACAGGUAUUGUUCGCGGAGCAAAUGAAGCUGCGCGCAACAAUGACCAGAAAGCAGGAAGCAGAAGAUCACAGUGAAAACUCAUCAGAGGUGCAGGAAGAUAACUGGUCAUCUUCAAAGGAAGAAAUCAAAAUGCUUAAAGUAGAACUGGAGAAAAUGAUGACAUUGAUUGAAGAGCUUCAAAGGGACUACAUAAACUUACAACAAGAUUGUAAAAAAAUGAAAACAAAUCAGAAAGAUUUAUCUGGUUGGAUUUUAGGGUGGAAAAAGCUUAAAUUGUUUAAUGGGAAAAUAAAUGAAAAUGAAAAUAGAGAGGGUAAAGAAAAAGAAAAAGAAAAAAGAUUGAGCUCUAUAUUCAGGUUUAGAAGGAGGCAAUCUAUAUCCUGAACAAGUUCUAUAGUAUGGAUCAAUAUAGUUUUAUACAGUUUGUAAUUUUUAGGGUAUAGAUUGUUGGUAGUUUUUGUGAAGCUUGUAUGACGGUUUAUUUCUAAACGAUGGAUGUAGCGAUAAAAAAUGCGCGUCUGAAGGGGUCGAAAAUCAUUAUCAAUGGACUGACUAUACAUCUUACAUG